GAAAGAGACCUUCUAAAAAUGUUAAAAUGUAUUACUGGCAUGUGAAACCUUAAAUUAGAGUGAAUAAAUGAAGACUUGGCACACCACUUCUGAGAGGUUGCCGACCCCUGAUCUAAGGGAUUUAGAUACAUAUCUUCAAUUAAAACUAAUGUGUGAAAUCCUGGCCCCAUCGAAGUCAAUAACUAAAUUCCUAUUGAUUUUGUGAGUGCCAGGAUUUUACGCAAUGUCCCAGGACUGCUUUGAAAAUCUGUCAGAUUACAUGGCCUUUUCCCUAGAGAUCAUUAAUAAGCCAGGAUGAAAGCUGGGAUCACUUGACUGGGUGUUGACUGAAGCAGUCUUGUCUGUCCAUAUUUAUUUUUGGUUUUGUUUUAAAUGUUACAUUUUUCUUAUCAUUGUGAUUAUUUUAUUACAAUAGUGCAUAUAUGCUUCAACUGAGAUCAGGGCCCCAUUGUGCCGGGCAAUGAGUAAGCACAUAGUAGGAGAGAGACUUGGUCUAGAAUUUUUACAAUCUAAAUAGUCAAGAUAGACGAAGGAUGAAAGAAAGGAAAUAUUAUUACCCCUCUUGACAGGUGAGGAAACAGGCAUAGAGAGAUUAAGUGACUUGCCUACGGUCAGACAGGAAGUUUGUCAUACAACCAAGAAUUGCACACAGUUCUCAUCCAUACCCAUCUAGUUCUUUAACCACAAGAUUAUCCUUUUAUUGCUUUCGUUCACUUCAGAAAUGUUACAUUUUGGGAUGUCUUUUUUUUUUUUCUGUUUCCAAAAAUACAAUUCAAAGCUGACUGAUUUAAUCUUGACUUAUAAAAUCACAUUGGAAAUAUGGUCUUACAAAAACAAAUUCUCAUGCACUAUGUGUUUUACCUUUUUAUAUAAAAUGUGCAGUGCCAUUACACAUGAUGUGAAAUGCUCAGCUGUAACCCUGAUGCUCUGUAGAGAGCCAACCAGCCCUGAGACAGAAGUCAAGAUUAUAAAAUAGCUUUUAACCCAUAUACAAAGAAAAAUCCCAGCUAAUAUUUUCCCUUAAAAAAAAAAGUUUGACAUUAAAAGCUGUAAUAUAUCCUCAUAGGCCAGGAUGUACAUAUUCUGAUUUGUGUUUGUUACACGAUGGCUGUAGCACUUGAGUACUUUAAGGCACUGAGACCAGAGACCAGCCAGUCAUUGUAUCUCAAAAAUAGUACAUCGUUAUUUAUUAAGUGGAUUGAACUAUCUUCAAUAGGUUCAGGUUUUAAGAAACUGCCUCCUUAGUUUCUUUUGCUUCCUGCUGGCCAAACCCCUGAUUUUUUUGUUUGUUUUUUAAAUCUCAUGAUUUUUAAGAUAAUCUAAUGACAUAUUUUGGAAACUGACUCAUGAUUUUUGAAUGCUUGGGAUUGAUAAUGCUGCUAUUUGAUGCAUAUAAAUUAGAAACAAAAAAUAGAAAACUAAUUUUGCUGCUUCCCCCAUUAACACCCUGAGAAGCUGCAAUACUGAAUUUGUGCCACCAUGUGGUGAUUCAAGAGGCUAUAAAUUUAGCAGCAUGUUGAGCCCACUUCCUUGAUUCCAAGAUGGCAUUUGCUAACAGAUACUGUUAUCAUGACUUGUUACUCAGACCCAUGUCCUGUGAGUGGGACCUGAACAUAAAGAUUAACCUCUUACCAACAAUCCUCUGAAUCACACCCUUAUUAUAGGAGGAAACCAAUUAUGUGAUGUGCACCUUGCAGUGGGUUUCUCCUCUUUCCCAUGCGGUUUUAUUCUACAGCAUUCAGGAAAUGAUUAGGGUACCCUUCUAAGUUAACCCUUUAGUGAGCCUUUCCUUUAGCUCUUUCACUGUCAGUGGCAGAUUGUUAUGUCACCAUGUUUAGAACUGUCUUAGUUGCUCUAUGAGGGCUAGAGCCUUAGCUGCUAUAAAUUGUCAUCGCUCUGUUGACUUCGUUGGAGCGAUAAGGGCAGAUCCUUAGCUGCUAUUAAUGUUAAGGGCAUAGAUUUAAGUGAAUAUCUACAUAUGAAUAUCCUACAAAACACAUUAAUACUUUUAAUAGAACACUCAUGGGCCUAUAUGUGCAUAUAUAUAUAAUGUGUAGGUAUAUAUAUGUGUAUAAUGCUUUGUUUAAAAGUACAAUGUAUGAUGUGUGAAUAUGGGAAGCAGGAUUCGGAUUUUGUGUGUGCUGUUUGUAUAUUGCUGUGCCUCUGAGAUUUAUAGCACAACUGUUUAGGCAACCAGGAGUCUGUAAUUUACAGAUAUAAACUAAAUAUUUCAUGAGAUUGGUGCAUUAGCUAAUUUUUUCGACAUGUCAUUUCAGUAAGGACAUUGCUUUAUUUCAUGGAAGGUUUUCCCAUAGAUAAUAGUUGUUAGUUGGCUGAGUUGGAAUCUGACAGGAUUAAGGAAAUCUAAACUGAAAGCUGGUUUUGUGCAAGGAAGCAUAAUGUGACUGUUGUUACAAGAGGCAAUGUGGGAUGUUUGCGCACAAAUGUAUGAGAGGAGGGUUUGCUUGUAGCUGUAUCCAUAAGUGCAGCUUAGCAGAGCUCAGAGCUAAUGUCUCACAGGACAAGCAUCAUGGGACUAUCUUUUUGUAAUGUCCUGUUUGUGUAAAUAUGGUUAUGCUUUUACUUUCCAUAGUUUUCAGGUACUGCAUGCUUUUCAGUCUGGACAGAAUGACAAGGGCCAAUACUGCAGAUCAUCUCCUCAAAAAGAAAUCAGUGAGGAUCAUUAUAUAUGAAUGGAGGUCACCGGCAACUGAUGGACCAUCUCAGAGUCUCAGGAACAUCGAAGGAUCUGGCUCUCUGCCACUGAAGCAGGAGAUCAACAGAUCUAAGCUGAUAGUAAAGUUUUCACUGGAUCCUUUGAUGGAAUACAGGAAUCAGAUAUCAGGAAGAUGAUCUGUAGGGCUCUGGAUAUCUGCUACUGUUCAGCAGCAGGUCAACUCUGGUGUAAGAAUGGGACACUGGAAGAUGGAUCAACUAUGUAAAAUAACUAGAAAACAGCCUACUGUUCCUCACCUUACGAUUCUGGGUCUUGUGUGGAAUGAGGUAUGGGUGCUGAACUGAGCUUUUAGAGAAGCCUGACUGGACUAGUAGUAGUGACCAUGCAGAACUGACUUAGCAGUGCCCUGGCUCACUAGGCCAGCAGAAGCAGAGCUGACAUCACAGACCUGGACAAAGUAGCUGUAUGUCAGAGCAACACCUGGCAGAGUAGUUCUUCAUGGAGUGGAGCAGACUAGCAGAAAAGAGGCACCCCCUGACUACUACUGAGCCUUUCUGGUGAAAGAACCCAAUUAAUUUGAAGCCCAAUCCUGCAGCCCUAACACCGAUGAGAAAUAUUAACUCACAUAAGCAGUCCCAUUGAAGUAACAGAAAUAAGGAUUAAAUGCUUGAGAGUUAUGCCAAUCUCCGCAAAGAAGACAAGGACUUAUUGGGGAAGAGAUUGAACCCUGUCCCUGUAAGGAGGUCAGGUGAUUCAGCAGAAGAAAUUGACCUGACUGUGGUUUACCAAGCAGCUGCUAAUGGCGACGUCAACACACUGACUGCAGUGAUUCGUGAAGAUCCUUCAAUAUUAGAAUGCUGUGACAGUGAGGGUUGUACCCCCUUGAUGCAUGCUGUUUCGGGACGCCAAGUCGAUACAGUGAAAUUGCUGUUGAAGAUGGGAGCAAAUAUUAAUACUCAAGAUGCCUGUGGACGCACCAGUUUAUCUCUUGCAACAUAUAUGGGGUGGCUUGAAGGCUGUGUCAGUCUGCUUCGAAAUGGUGCCAAGCAGAACAUACCUGAUAAAAAUGGGAGACUGCCACUGCAUGCUGCUACCGCAGAGCCUGAUGUGAGGCUUCUAGCAGUGCUGCUGCAGCAAUCACAUCUAAGUGACAUUAAUCAUCGGGACAAUGAGGGAAUGACCGCACUUCACUGGGCUGCUUUCCACAAUCGGCCCCAGCACGUGCAAACCCUGCUGCAGAAAGGAGCAGAUCCAACUCUGGUGGACAAAGACUUUAAAACAGCUCUUCACUGGGCAGUACAGAGUGGUAACAGGAUUCUGUGUUCCAUCAUUCUGAACCAUCACCAGGGUCCAUCGAUAAUAAACUAUGACGAUGAGAAUGGGAAGACGUGUAUGCACAUUGCCGCUGCUGCAGGUUACAGUGACAUUAUCAGUGAGCUGGCUAGAGUCCCGGAGUGCAAUCUGCAGGCCCUUGAUGUGGAUGACAGGACGCCUCUGCACUGGGCUGCAGCAGCCGGGAAAGCUGACUGUGUACAGACACUGCUGCAGCUGGGGAUAGAUAGCAGCUCUCGGGACAUCAAUGAAAACACUCCUCUGACAUAUGCAAUGUACUGUGGGCACACAGCAUGCAUCAAGCUGCUCUCUCAGGAGAACAGUAGAUUGGAGCCAGUCCAUCACCCUCCAUCACAGAACAAUAAAAUCCUAAAGAAGGAAGGAAGAUUCAGUAUGCUUAACCAAAUCUUCUCCUGCAAAAAGAAGAAAGAUGAUCAGAAAACAAACCAGAAAGACAGAGGCAGAGACAGAUAUCAAAGGGAAGAGACCUCGGAAGUUGAUGACAUUAUCACUACAUUCGAUUGCAUUAUGGACACAAACUGUAAAGACAACUCCGAGGACUGUAUGACCACUGCUGACUUUAAAAGAAGGAGCACAGACACCCAGAAGUACCUCAUAUCAGAAAAGAAGCAGCCAGAGUGUAAUGGACUUCCUCCAAUAAGAACACAAAGUCUCCCCCCCAUUACUAUAGGCAAUUCUUUUCUAACAACUUCCCAGAGUGCAGCUUCAAGUGUCUCCUUGGGUAGUAAUGCCUACCAUUUUGCACACCGGUCUCAGAAAAGUAGAAGUGAACAUGACUUGUUAGAUCACAGAAGUAGCUGCCAGAUUUUAUCAGACAAUCCUUGGAACACAGAUGCUAACCAGAUACUCUCAUAUAAAGUCUGUACUGCAACUUCUUCAGAUAAACUGAUAGAUGGUUUGCUCUCUGAAAGAUCCAGCCAUGUGCUUUUGUGCCCUCCCCACCUUCCCUAUCUGCCUAGUUCUCCAUCAGGGAAAAGUUUUCAACAGAUGUCCCUAGACCGACCCAAAGUAAAAGACUUUACUCCUGUACGGAACAAUCUAGCUCCCAUACCAGACCACUGUGUUCAGAAAAUCCAGCUACCACCUACUGAAGUUUCUCAGGGUGUCAAGAAGUCAAAGUCUCUGUCUUUAAACUCCUUAAGGACUGGCACAACUAUACUCCCACCAGCACUUACCUCCAAAACCCAGAGAGGAGGACUUUCUCAAAGUCAUUCACUGCAUUCCUUCUUACCUGUUCUAUCAGGGGAAUCUCUCAGAACAAGCCGUGUCCUGCCUGCUAUCCCGAGCAAGAAGGGGUCCACUCUCACAGUGGAAUACUUUAAGAAAUCUUCCAGCAAAUCAGACAGUGAAAAUUAGCUCAUCUUGCUGGCCUCAAACACAUAGAUGGAAAUAUUUCUAAGCUUUUUAUUACAAGAUUACUAUACGGUAGAACCUCGCUAAUUCACACUAAUGAAAGCUGAUGUGAACUAGACUGUUAAUGAUUAAACAAUUUAAAAAGCAAGGAUACUGCAUCACACACAGUAUUUUGUGCAUUGUUUUGACAUUUUAGUGUCGUUUUAAUUUAUGAUUAAUUUGAUAGUAAGUAGUAAAUAUACUGUAGUAUAUUUUGUGAAAGGAGACCCUUAUAACAGACAACCCAACUACAGCACUGUGCUAUUAAAUCUUUGCUGAGAAGUAGGGCUAGAAUGCCAGGAUUUGUGUGAUAAGUCAUAAGGUGUUUGGAUAAGUGAAACAUGAGUUUGUGAGGUUUUACUAUAGUUCACAAAGCAAAGGCUCUGAUGCUGAAAACCAUUUUUUUUUAAACUAAAAUUCUGAACUCUAAAGAAACAUCAGUUUUGGUAAAUCAGCUGUUAUUUUCCAAUUUAUUUCUAACACAUUUUCUACACUGUGAAUUUGUGAUUUUUGUAAUCUCCACAUGCCAAAAAAGAUGUAAUACAAAAAACAAAUCUUUGCAGGACAGACAGGGACAUACCACGGGCCUUUCAAAAUGUUUGCUGAUUGCACAGAUUGAUUUAUGUAUCUGAUUUACUUAAUUCUUUAUAUUCUUCAAUAACAAGACGCUGUAUUAUUUUCAUAUA